UGACGCGGGAGUCCGUAGGCGUUUCCGGCGCCGGGCGUUAGGGUGGGGUCUUUCUUCCUUCACAAUUUCUUUUCAUUGUUCAUUGCUGAUAACUAGGGGCUCUAAAGCGUCCCUGAAUGUAGCGGACGUCUUCAGCAGCCGCCUAUGCCACUAAAAGUUUCAAAAUCGUCUUUCUACCGCUGUCAGGCCCAGCGGAACGCCUGCGUCUGGUUCAGCCACGCCUCCACUGUCUGGGCCCUCGCGGUGCAUUGUGGACGUGGUAGUUUCCGCUGCGUCUAUGGUUGCAUUAAGCGUGAGUGCUGAGGUUUACAGGUUGGAAUUUAUCGGGCACCAGAAGAUUCCAGCCCUGUCCCCUGGUUCAGAGAAUUUUGACUGACUUUGGCUGUCCCUGGAUGGUUGUUUAAUGGAGAGAACUCAACAGACUUCGUUGUAUUAAGUAACCUCAAAAGCAGAUCCUUUGUGGGAAAAUGAAAUCAUCUUUUAAGAAGUUGUGCUCCGAUUCUCUGCCCUCCACUCCCAAUUCCUUAAUUAUGCAGUAGAAGUAGGGGCUUUGUGAACAUCUGUCUCAAUAUAUUUGGUGCUGCUCACAGUGCAUGAUGACUUUCUGGUUCACAGGUAUUCGAAGCCUUCCUAAGCUCUGGAAGAGCAACCCAUACCUUGGCCUAGGCCCAGGACACUCUUACCUCUCUCUCUGUCUCAAAGACUAUUAUGGCAUCAGGAACCAACAGCAGUGGUUUUCUCUUAAAGCAGUGUCUCCACAAAAUACUAAAGCAGUGAAUCUUCUGAUUUCCAAGGCCAGCUAUCUCAGGAAACGAGAUGAAGACAGUAAUAAGCAAGUUUCUUCUGAUUCCCAUCUUUUUGCAGCUGGAGCAGCUAAGAAGAGAUCACAGAUGAAUCCUCAUAGGGAGGAUCAUGCCUUGUCACCUGUUAGGAACAGGAUUCAACUUCCAACAAGACCUUUGAAUUCAGAAGAGUGGGAUAAACUCAAGGAAGACUUCAAAGGAAAGGCUAAUUUUGAAAGUUGGACCAUUUCACAAAUGGCUCACUACCGUAGCUCUAUAGAUGUGGCCAAAUCUCUCUUAGCCUGGGUAGCUGCCAAAAACAAUGGUAUUGUAGGCUAUGAUUUGCUGGUUAGGUAUUUGUAUCUCUGUGUCUUUCAUAAACAUAUACCGGAAGUUGUUGAUGUCUAUGAAAUCAUGAAAGCCAGAUACAAGAGGUUAGAACCUGGAGGGUAUACUCUUCUCAUCCAAGGAUUAAUUCACUCAGACAGAUGGAGAGAGGCCUUACUGCUGUUAGAGGAUAUCAAAAAAGUCAUGAUUCCUUCAAAAAAGAACUACAAUGAUUGUAUCGAAGGAGCCCUCCUUCACCAAGAUAUAAACCUAGCUUGGAGUUUAUAUCAGGAAUUGUUAGGUCAUAAUCUUAUUCCUAUGUUGAAAACGUUAAAAGCAUUCUUUGACUUUGGAAAAAACAUAACAGAUGAUCAGUAUUCAAACAAACUACUUGACAUUCUUUUGUAUCUAAGAAAUAAUCGUCUAUAUCCUGAUGAAUCAUUUGCACACAGUAUAAAAACAUGGUUUGAAAGUGUUCCUGGGGAAAAAUGGAAAGGACAGUUCACAACAAUCCGGGGAAGUGGUCAGUGUUUGGGCUGUGGAAAAACCAUGGAGUCUAUUCGCCUGAGUCCAGAAGACUAUGAAUUUCUUAAGGGAAAAAUCAUGAGGGAUGUGAUAGAUGGAGGUGAUCAAUACAAAAAGACAACCCCUCAGGAACUUGAGAGAUUUCAGAACUUUGUAAAGUGCUGUCCUCCUUUCGAUAUCGUCAUUGAUGGGCUCAAUGUUGCCAAAAUGUUUCCUAAAGCUCGUGAAUCUCAAGUUAAUGAAAAUGCCCCCAAGAUUGAAGUCUUUCUGCAUCUUGUUUACAGUUACAUUGUCAGCACUGAGAAGAGGGCCUUGCACAUACUCUUGAAUGUGGUCUCUCAACUAGCCAAGCAGAAUCUGCAGCUGCUGGUCCUGGGCCGAAAGCACAUGCUAACACAGCACUCCAGGUGGAGAAAGGAUGAGAUGAAAAAGCUGCAGAAGCAAGCCAGUUGCUUCUUUGCUGAUAACAUCUCGGCGGACGACCCCUUCCUUCUGUAUGCCACCCUGCACUCGGGGAACCACUGCAAGUUUAUCACCAAAGAUCUGAUGCGGGACCACAAGGCCUGUCUACAUGAUGCCAAGACCCAGGUCCUCUUCUUUAAGUGGCAGCAGGGCCAUCAGCUAGCAAUUGUUAAUAAGUUUCCAAUAACUUUUCAGCAUAUCCCCAGUUAUGACACAGUGGUGCAAACCACUGGAGACUCAUGGCACAUACCAUAUGAUGAAGACUUGGUGGAAAGAUACUCUUAUGAAGUGCCAACGAAAUGGCUGUGCCUUCACCGAAAGACAUAAAGAGUGCACCCCAUGCACAAGUUGUGUUUGGGUGCCCUACUAGUUGGCAUCAGAGCUCUUCAGUCAGUGCUUGCUUAGAGUAUUGCUCCUGUGUGAUCCACUUUGUUCUGUUUGGUCCAGUUGGGUUGUGUGUCAACAAAUUGAAGGUUUUUUUUAAAUGAAAUAAAACAUAUCUUUUCAUAA